UUAGGGUGCAGGAGGGAGCCCCGCCCAGCGGACAAAACCUACGCUGGUCCCACGGCCAUGGCUGCACCGUCGUCGGUCGUGCUCGGCAUCGACCUGGGCACCACGUCUGUGAAGGCGGCCGUGGUGGAGGCGGCGCCCGACGACCCAUCGGGGUUCGUGGUCCUGGCCAGCUGUGUCCGGGCCGCGCGGGCCGAGGCGGCGGCCCAGAGCGCGGCGGCCGGGCCCCAGGCGCGGGAGCAGGAUGUGAGUAGAAUCAUCCAAGCCCUAAACGAGUGCCUUGCUGCUCUUCCCCGGCAGCAGCUCCGCAAAGUCGGUGGCAUCGGAGUGUCAGGACAGAUGCAUGGAGUCCUGUUUUGGAAAACAGGCCAAGGCUGUGAAUGGACAGAGGGAGGGGCUGCCCCCGCCUUCACACCCAGAGCUGUGAGCCACCUGGUCACGUGGCAGGAUGGCCGAUGUGGCAGUGAGUUCCUGGCUUCUCUUCCCCGGCCAGAGUCCCAUCUCAGUGUGGCCACGGGGUUUGGCUGUGCAACCAUCUUCUGGCUUUUGAAAAAUAGCCCCGAGUUCCUGAAGUCCUACGAUGCAGCUGGCACCAUCCAUGACUAUGUGGUUGCCAUGCUGUGUGGCUUGCCAAGGCCCCUGAUGUCUGACCAGAAUGCCGCCAGCUGGGGAUAUUUCAACACCCAGAGCCAAAGCUGGAAUGUGGAGAUACUGAGGGCCUCCGGCUUUCCUGUGUACCUGCUCCCCGACAUCACCGAGCCCGCCAGCGUGGCAGGCAGAACGGCCCAUGCGUGGUUUGAAAUCCCGAAGGGCACCCGGGUAGGCGUGGCCCUGGGUGACUUACAGGCCUCCGUCUAUUCCUGUAUGGCCCAGAGGACAGAUGCAGUUCUCAACAUCAGCACUUCGGUUCAGUUGGCAGCCUCCAUGCCGUCAGGGUUCCAGCCAGCGCCGACUCCAGACCCUGCAGCUCCGGUCGCCUACUUCCCGUACUUCGACAGAACCUACCUGGCGGUGGCAGCCUCCCUCAAUGGGGGCAAUGUGCUCGCCACGUUCGUCCAGAUGCUGGUCCAGUGGAUGGCGGAUCUUGGCGUGGAGGUCGAAGAAUCCACUGUGUAUUCACGCAUGAUCCAGGCAGCUGCAGAGCAGAGAGACACCUGCCUCACCAUCACGCCAACAGUGUUGGGCGAGAGGCAUCUGCCAGACCAGCUGGCCUCCGUGACCAGGAUCUCCUCCGCGGCCCUCUCGCUGGGGCACGUGACACGGGCGCUGUGCAGAGGCAUCGUUCAGAACCUGCACUCGAUGCUCCCGUCCCAGCAGCUCAGGGAGUGGGGCGUGGAGCGGGUGGUCAGCAGUGGGAGUGCGCUGUCCAGGAACGAGGUGCUGAAGCAGGAGGUGCAGCGGGCUUUCCCUUUCCCAGUGUCCUUUGGGCGGGAUGUGGACGCAGCCGUGGGGGCAGCACUGGUCACGCUCCAGCGAAACUUCCGCCAGGAGGAGUCUUAGUGCGCACACUCUUUGGCCAAAGCCCUGUUGCCGAUUUUAUCUAAUUAACAUUCCGAUGUGAUCCUGGAGUCAUCCUUUUCCUGGACAGCUCUGUGGGCAGCUUUUAAGCAAUGUUUGUUCUCAGGCCACCAUCCUGACCAAUGACUUUCCUCUAGGGCACACUCUACUAAUGCAGCCGGGAGUCAGCCACCAGGUCCCCAGUCAGUGCCUCUGACUGAGACUCACCUGGGAGCUGGCUGCCAAUGUAAAGGUGGAAAAAAGGAAAAGAGACAAGUAACCCAGCAUCACAGUCAGCAGGCUCACCUGUGAUUCACGUGUAGACAAAGAGAAAAUAAAUGUGGACUUCAGACACCAAA